AACAAACCAACAUCAACAACAACAAAUAGUCUAACAACUAAUAUUCAUUGUGAUAAUACAAAUAAAUUCGCAAAUCCCACGUUUUCUUUUUCAUUUGUUUUUCUUUAACGACCAAUAAAGAGUCAAUGACCAACUAAUCCAAAAAAAAUAUUAAAAUCCAACAAGAACAAAUGAUGAAGUCAACUAUGAUGUUCCCAUUUAAUGAUUAGAUAUUUAAAUGAGCCUUUACAGAAAAAGUAAGACAAGGGUUCAUUUGAAUUAAAGAGGGGGAAAAUUGAACAAUUUCUUGAUUAAUUAUGGGUUUUUCCAAUGAAAAUGUAAUCGGGUUUGGAUUGGCUCUUUCAUCAAGUGCAUUCAUUGGUGCUAGUUUCAUCAUCAAAAAGAAAGGGUUAUGGAAAGCUAGUGUUUCAGGGGUUAGAGCUGGUCUUGGAGGACAUUCAUAUCUUUUUGAGCCUUUAUGGUGGUUUGGGCUAUUCAUGAUGAUUGUUGGUGAGGCUGCAAAUUUUGUGGCAUAUGCAUAUGCUCCAGCUAUUCUUGUUACACCAAUGGGAGCCUUAAGCAUAAUUGUCAGUGCUGUUUUGGCUCAUUUUAUGUUGAAAGAGAGACUAAACAAAUUGGGAAUCAUGGGUUGUGUGAUGUGCAUUGUUGGCUCGGUCAUUAUAGUGAUUCAUGCACCACAAGAACAUGCUAUCACUUCUAUAAAAGAAAUAUGGAACUUAGCUACUCAGAUGGCUUUCCUUCUUUAUGUUGCCACCGUGCUUGUGCUGGUUUUCAUUUUGGUGCUAUACUUUGCACCAUUGUGUGGAAACUCGAAUGUGCUGGUUUUCACUGGAAUUUGCUCCUUGAUGGGCUCUCUCUCGGUUAUGAGUGUCAAAGCUCUUGGAAUUUCCUUGAAAUUGACAUUUGCCGGAAAUAAUCAACUUCUUUACCCAGAAACAUGGUUCUUUACAUUGGUGCUCCUGAUAUGCAUCCUCACUCAAAUGAAUUAUCUGAAUAAGGCUCUGGACACAUUUAACACUGCGAUCGUGUCGCCUAUAUACUAUGUCAUGUUCACAACACUUACCAUUCUUGCCAGUGUUAUAAUGUUCAAGGAUUGGAAUGGUCAAGACGGAGGAGCCAUUGUAUCAGAAAUUUGUGGCUUUAUUGUUAUCAUCUCGGGAACAAUCUUGUUGCAGAUGACAAAGGAGGUUAUGGAGAGACUGCCAUCUUUUAAAGGUGGUGCUUACGCACCCAUGUCCCCCACCCUCACAGCCGGACUUUGUGCUGGAAAUGCAGAGUUUUCAAAGUCUGAAUGGGACGACAUAGAAUAUUCAGGCGAACUUUUCUUGAAGAGGCAAGACUCUUAUGCGUAGAUGACUCCGUAUAAACCUUGAUGACCGAUGCUGUCUGUGAGCUCGAAACAUGCAUAUAUUCAUUCCUGUGGAUCUUCGGUGCUCCAAGAACCAUUUUUAUUGCGAGAUAUUCCUCAAAGUGGCCAAAAUGCGAAGCUGUUACGAGCUCAAAUCGCAUUAGCGAUUGGUAGAACACUAGUCUUGUUGUGCUGUACCGUCUUACUACUGGUGCAUUCAUGGCUUGAAGCGAGUCCAACAAUUUGUGUAUUCUGUGUUUAUGUGAUGAAAUAUAGUAUAUAGAUGAUUGUAUAUAGGGAAAAUAAUUGUUUAUAAUUAUUUAUUACAUUAAUUGAAACAACACUCCAUUAAAUGGCUCUUGCCUAUGCUUCCACUUUUAACGGAAUUUGGUGGUCGAUAUUGCUCAAUUUAUCCUUGUUAAAACAAAAGCUAUUUCUAAUAGGUCCCUGGUAACAAAUAUUAUUUGUAAGUUUACAUAAUUAAAAAUUACAUUUGA